GGACCUCCGGGAGAACAACGAGGUCUAGCCCCCGGCAGCGCUCCAGGGGCUGAGUGCAUUCGCCAGCGCAGCGGGAGCCCCCGGGAGAGGUCUGUGGGAGCUGCCAGCAAAAGUAGCGAUGAUAGAGGGCCAUGGCAAGGGAGAAGUACGGGAUGGCCCAUGGGGCUGUCAGGUUUAUAGUAUCCGCUGGCAUAGCUGGAAGCAUGGGUAUGGCUGAAAAACCACCAAAGGAUACCAGAUCAUUUGGUAAAAAGAUAAAUUAUAUAAUUUAGGGUAGGCCAAAGGAAUGCUAUUAGGAAAAAAGCACACUGACUAGAUGUAAUUGGUGCUAGCAUAUUUCCUAAUGGGACUUCUUUUGGAUUGAAUCAUCAUGACCCAAAAGGCACAUCAGGCUCUAAAACCAGAAGAAAACCAGCCCUGCAGAACGCUUUCAUCUGUACCCUGCACUCUAACAGUUUUUGCCAGCCCAAGUUGUAAUGUCACUUCAAGGCACAUGCUCCAUCAAAGCAGGGGAGAAAGUGGUGUUUUCUAACAGCUGUUCUCAGCUCUGCUGUCCAAAUGUGGACCCUGUGCCAGACAAGAGUACUUGUAGUUUUUGAAACUACAAGUUUCAAAACAUUUCAAAACAAACAAUCGUCUGAACAUUACUGUUUCACAUAACACUGGUGACCAACAACCAACAGGAAGCAACAAGUUGUGACAAGUGACAGCUGCCUUCCCAUAUCAGCCUGUUUCUGAAUAGCAGAAACCUUUCUACUGUCUUUAUCCUCUGUUCGGUCAUCCUGACCUUUGAAGGAGCAUCACAUCUAAGAUGCAGCACUCAAACAGAAGAUAAUGAGUUUUUACCAAAGGUCAUCUCAGGACCUUUCCCUCCAUAGACCCAAGGGUCUCUGUGGGCUACAACUCAGAGGUCUCCUGAAUUUUUUUAUUCUCUGUUAGUAACAAGCCUUGGAGGAAAUCUUACUGUGGCCCUGAAAGCUGCCUUUUUUUCAGGAACAGGAACGGAACAAGGAUGUUGAUACUCUGCCAAAGUAGUUUAUUUUUUUGUAAAUGAGGCAGAAUUUGCCAGCAUUUGUGUUUAUGAUGUAAAUUAUUUUUGAGGGCUUUCCAGGUCUCCUGCAGAUUUAGAAUAGGAAGAGAAAAGACUCCUUUUGAUCAACAUAUGAUUGAACUGUUGGUCUGGGGAGUCAGCCUAACUUCUAGAAGCGCUGGAGAUUAAAAAGCACAGAUUUGAUGUGAUCGCAAAGGUGCUUCGUGCAGAGAAGGGUGGGAGCAAACCUGAGAAAGUUCUUUUGGAGAGGGUCACUGAAUAGCUCCUCUUUAGUCUCUGGACCACCUGCUUUGCUGGCCAAACCUACUUCCUCGGCGCCAGUGUUCAGAGAGUUCAGGCUGUACCACGGCAAACAGAGAAGUGUGUUUAGUAUUCCAUGCAUACAAGUAUCUUUGCACCAGUUCUUUGGCUUUCCUUUGUUAAAGGCAUCGAAAACUCAAAAGCCCUUCAGGACGAAAGGGAAACUUUCUUUGAGGUGGUCCAAGCCCCCUGUCAAACCCUCUGAAGAUUUCUAGCAGCUUUGUCUCAGGUUGUUUUUGAGGCAGGAGCCAAUGGCAGCACAAGGGCCUGUUUCUUGCUGUGGGAAGGAGCAUUAUCAUUUUCACCACAGCAGAUCCUGCUGUACUCGUUGAAUCCUAAUGUGGUUGCUGGGCACACUCAUUAAUCCUCGCCUUUUACAGAGGGAACUGAGCAAGCCACAGAAGAGGAUGAAACACUUUUGAGGAACUCUUCUGAGCAGGAUUUCUGUUUCCUUGGGUCCUGCUUAAUUAAGGGUAACCGAGGGUAAAUGAACAAAGGGUAUUUCAUUUAAGCAACACUUUCUUAAGAAGAAAGAGGAGGAAUUGACCUGCAGUCUUCAUGUUUCCCCAUAGACCAGAUGCAGCAGGAUUGAUUUCCAGACACUAUGAUCAAUGGGAACCACAGAUGCUCGGUACUUCACCAAAUCAGGUCACUGUCACCCUUUCUCCCUCGGGAAGGAAGGGCCCGGAGGGUGUGGGCAGGUUCUUCGGGCUUCCAGAGGUCAGAUUUUGCUGGAGGGUUACCCACUGAAUGCACGAUGUGAAUGGACUAUCCAUGUUCAAGCUGGAUUUAACAUUGAGUUACGAUUUUCCAUGCUGAGCCUGGAGUUUGAUUAUACGUGCCAGUAUGACUAUGUGGAGAUUCGUGAUGGGGACAAUUUGGACAGUCAAAUAAUAAAGAAAUUCUGUGGAAAUGAGAGGCCACCUCCCAUCCGAAGCACUGGGUCUUCACUCCAUGUCCUCUUCCAGUCUGAUGGAUCCAAGAACUUUGAUGGAUUUCAUGCUGUCUUUGAAGAAAUUACAGCUUGUUCUUCAUCUCCAUGUCUUCAUGAUGGGACGUGCAUUCUGGACAAAAGCAGCACCUAUAAGUGUGCCUGUCUGGCUGGCUAUACAGGGAAUCGCUGUGAAAACUUGGAUUUUUUUGAAAUAUCUGAACUGUCAGUGGUGAUGUGUAGGACUCCAGGUGCUCCCGCUCAUGGUAUUGUGGAAGGAGAUGACUUUAAAUACGGGGCCCGGGUUUACUUCAAGUGCAACGCAGGUUACAGCUUAAAAGGCAGCCGUGUUGCCUACUGUCAGCUUGAUGGGAUUUGGUCAACACAUCAUCCUGAAUGUGUUCUAGAAGAAAAAAACUGCUCAGAUCCUGGUGGCCCACUCAAUGGCUACAGAAGAGUAGUAGAAGACACUGGGCUCUUGAAUGGACGCUAUGCAAAAAUUGGCACAGUCAUUGCUUUCUUUUGUAACAACUCCUAUGUUCUUAGUGGCAAUGAACAAAGGACCUGCCAAGACAAUGGAGAAUGGUCAGGGAAGCAACCGAUCUGCAUAAAAGCCUGCAGAGAGCCAAAGAUCUCUGACCUGGUGAGACAGAAAGUGCUUCCAAUGCAGGUUCAAUCAAGAGAAACCCCUUUGCAUCAACUUUACUCUUCUGCAUUCAGCAAGCAAAAGCUUCAAAUCUAUCCAACCAAGAAGCCAGCACUGCCGUUUGGAGAACUGCCCCCCGGGUACCAGCACUUGCACACUCAGCUCCAGUAUGAGUGUGUUUCUCCUUUCUACCGCCGCCUGGGCAGCAGCAGGAGGACUUGCCUGAAGACAGGAAAAUGGAGUGGGAGAGCCCCUGUGUGUAUUCCAAUCUGUGGAAAAGCAGAAAACAUCACCCUUAAGAAGGCAGUGACCUCUAUGAGGUGGCCAUGGCAAGCAGCCAUCUAUCGCACAGCCAACGGGGUGAAGGAGAGCAGCCUUCGGAAAGGGGCCUGGAUCCUGAUCUGCAGCGGGGCCCUGGUGAAUGAGCGCACCGUGGUGGUGGCAGCCCACUGUGUCACUGACCUGGGCAAGACCAUCGUGCUCAAGACAGCAGAGCUCAAGGUGGUUCUGGGCAAAUUCUACAGAGACGAUGAUAGGGAUGAAAAAACAAUCCAGAACCUGAGGAUUUCUGCCAUCAUAGUGCAUCCCAAUUAUGACCCUAUAUUACUUGAUUCUGAUAUAGCUGUCAUAAAACUCUUGGACAAAGCCAGGAUCAGCAGUCGUGUUCAACCCAUUUGCUUGUCAUCUUCUCAUGACUUGACUUCAUCCACAGAGGAUUUAAAGAUAAUGGUUACUGGCUGGAAGGUAUUGGCUGACAUUAAAGAUCAUGGAUACAAGAAUGACACAAUCCGCAUGGGAGUUGUUCAGAUGGUGGAUUCACUGUUGUGUGAGCAACAGUAUGAGGAUAAUGGGAUACAAGUCAGCAUCACUGACAGCAUGUUCUGUGCCAAACAAGACCACACAGCCUUUUCUAAUAUUUGCCCUGCUGAAACUGGUGGGAUUGCUGCCAUAGCUUUGCCAGGAAAAGCAUCUCCUGAGCUAAGGUGGCACCUAAUGGGAUUAGUGAGCUGGGGUUAUGAUAAAACUUGCAGCCUAGAACUCUACAGUGGCUACACCAAAGCUCUUCCCUUCAAAGACUGGAUUGAGAAGAACAUGAAAUAAAAGUCUGAGUCUGGAAAUGGCAUUUUAUAGUAUAAUAUCUCUCUCAGUCUCUGCUACUUUAGGCUUCUCAUCCCAGUGAUGAGAUACAUCUGGGAUAAGGUUAAGGCAGGCAGCCUGGUAAUUUGUCCUAGGAUCAGAUAUUUCAUCGGGCUACUUUUGCUUAACCCAUGACAGAGGGUCUUAGUGCAUGAGAAGUUUUGCCAUAUUUUGUUUGUCUCCCCUGGUGGGAGGACGAUGCUCUGCUCCUGAGUCUGACAUGCAGAAACAGGACAGUAAAUUCUGUCUGAAAUUAAUCUGUAGUGUGGAGCUCCCUAGAGAAAUUGGUGAGCCUCUCCCAAAGAUCUGUGUGACUGAGUGGAUUAAGAGUUUGGAAAGAGUAGCCUGAAUUCAUUAUGACGGAUGAGCUUGUUGUGGUAUGUGCUGUCUGUAUUGCCAUAGUACAAUGUAAUCUUCUUCCCUCCCAAGUACUUUACACAUUUAAAUAAACCAUGGUUUGUUUUUUUAACCUACAUACUCAUGUCUGACAUUAUUUAGAUCCAUUUUUGCUUUAUCUGUGUCACACUCUUGGAACUCUCUACUGCCCUUGUCUCUUUGCAUGUCACUCCUACUUGGGACUCUUCAGGAACACUAAAAGGCAGAAUCAGCACAAAAUUCAAGGACUAUUUAUAUAUAUAUAUAUAUAUAUAUAUAUAAAAUAAGAUUCUUUUUUCUUAAUACACCCAUUGCUACUAUUGUACAUGAACCACUACAAUGAAAUGUACAGAGGAGUUCUCUUUCACCUUGUAUUCGAAACAGAUGAAAACAUGAAACAUGCUUUAAAUACGUUUUUUUUCCCAAGUGGGUUAUUUCACAGAACUAUGAAAACCCCAGGAAAACUUUUGGUUCCCAUUAGUUCCCAUACAUUUGUGGUAAAAUUACUCCUCUGUAGCUCUUCAGGGUGCAGAAUAAUGUCCAGGUCUCACACUUAGCAGGCACUUUUCUUGAGCUGAGGCUGAACUGUUUGACAUCAGAUGGUAAAAUUCUCCUGCUGGGCAUAUUGUCCAGGGAGACACCUGGGUGUCCUCAUGGUCCAUAGUCACUGCUCUUUCACUAAAUCAUUCUCUAUUCUCUAUUCAGUCUAAUAUGGCUAAAGACUAGGGAUUAACCCUACAAAAUUUGGGGAAAAGAGACAGUAAUGACUGUUUUCCAUCAGUAAUGAUUUCUUGGUAAGUCAUAUAGGACACUCUGGAGUUUUUAAGACCUUCAAAUUAUUACAGUGCCCAAAACAGCUUACAGCCAUAGCUGGAUGUGAAGGCUGGGAGUCUGAUGAAAAGAUUUAGUGCUCUUACCAAGAAGGACUCAGGUCCUGAAGUUGUGUUCUGCCUACUGCAUGGCUAUGGCAACUUGAAGUUAGCAAACCUGAUUUCAGUUCUGAUUCUCUACUGCUGUAAAAUCUCAUUACAAGUUUCUUAGCAUUCAGUAGUUUCUACCCACUUUUGAAUCUGAAAACUGCUGCUAAAAGGACAAUUAGUUUUGGACAUAAUUCCAUGUGAUUUAUUUUUUAUUUUCUUGGCAGAAAUACUUGUUGUGUAUGCUUUUGCACUUUCCUUGUUUUUGCUGGCAAUAGGACCAUAUGAUGUUGCUUAAAUCAAAAAGUUUAAGGGCUACAAUUAAAAUAUAUUGCUUCUCUUUAUCUUGUUUGUCUGUCUUCUCCUGCCAGGAGAUUAUGCUUGGCUGACAAAGUGCAUGGCAACAA